AUGGCGGGGCGGUCUUAUACGUGGAACGCCGAGGCCAUGGGGCUCGAGGCAUUGAUCAAUCCCUGCGAAUGGCGCUCGGAGCUGCUUCAACCUCCUGAAACCGCCGUCGUACUUUUGCACGAUGCAAAGCAUCUUGGCCGUGACGUGAGUGCAUCCGCCCAGCCACAGCUGGGGGUUCUCUAUGACAGUCGUCGCCCACAAAAGUCUCACGUCCGCGAGGAUCAGCUCCUGCAGAACAUGAUGUUUGGCUCUCUUCCUUUGGCUCUCUCACACCACACCACCAAGAUGCACCUGCUCAAGGAUCCCAAGCGUGUAGUGCUAACCAAGCUGUACCCUACCAAACGGAUAAAAAAUCUUUUGAUGAAUGUGGGCGGCGCAUCCGCGCCGAGUUCCGUUCCAGCCUCCCCUCGUCGGAGCGGAAGCGGUGUCCCACGAUCUGCCCAGCGAUUUGGCUUUUCCUCUUCGGAACCUCUGAGCGAAGCUGCCGAGUCCGCGGCACCAGCCGUUGCAGUGCCAGCCAGCCGAUCGGCCCAGCCCCAACGCUUGGAUUUUGACGACGCCACCAGUACCGAUCUGGAGUCACCCCACUCUCCACGCAGUUUGGCCGAGAUGAGCGAUUUCUUUCCCGGAGCCUUGCCAUCCCCCAUCAAGACACUGGAUGCCGAUGAAAGCUUCACCUCUUCCGGCACCCCCUCGCACUCGUCAUCCCUAUCUUCCAUGCUCGAUGUCAGCGGCCGAAUGCGACGCUACGAGCGCAGCCAGCGUUUGAGCCUUGAGUUUGGCAUGCGCAGUAAAACCGGGGAAGCCUCUAAAGCAACUGUUUGUGGCAUUGCCUUGAUCAUUGAUGUUGAUCGCUCUGACAUCCUCGAGAAAUUUGUGACAACCCACUUUGCAAUUCUUGACAUGACCUUGACGGGUUUCUUUCAUUGGCUGCAAGAGCGCCUGCUCUUUGUCGUGGAAGAAGAGUUGCGAAGCCAAGCCCAGCCGGCUCCCCACACAGCGCGUGUGCUGCUGAAGCGGGUGGCUCGACGUUUUCGCGAAAGUCGACAGGUCACGGAACGCAUCAGGUUCCUCAUUCACCAAGUGCAUACUCUCUAUACGGCGCCGCGGUAA